ACACGAUGCCAAGGUUUUGAGAAAAUAGUCAAGAAAAGACUUCUCAGCUCAAGAUUCAUUGGAUGGCAUCACCCAGCAACAACUCCACAGCUCCAGUCUCUGAAUUCCUCCUCAUCUGCUUCCCCAGCUACCAGAGUUGGCAGCACUGGCUGUCCCUGUCCCUCAGCCUCCUCUUCAUUCUGGCCAUGGGGGCCAGCGCCACCCUCCUGAUCACCAUCCCUGAGGCCUCUCUGCACGAGCCCAUGUACUACCUGCUCAGCUUGCCCUCCCUCCUGGGCAUGGUGCUCUGCCUCACUGCCAUCCCCAAGGUCCUGGCCAUCUUCUGGUUUGACCUCAAGCCCAUCAGCUUCUCUGCCUGUUUCCUCCAGAUGUUCAUCAUGAAUAAUUUCCUCGCCAUGGAGUCCUGCACACUCAUGGUCAUGGCCUAUAACUGCUAUGUGGCCAUCUGCCAUCCACUGAGAUACCCAUCCAUCAUCACUAACCACUCUGUGGCCAAGGCUAGUGUCUUCGUUGUCAUACGAAAUGCCCUUCUCACUGUACCCAUUCCCAUUCUCUCUGCCUAGCUCCUCUACUGUGGGAAAUAUGUCAUUGCGAACUGCAUCUGUGCCAACCUUGUCCAGCUCUCCUGUGACAAUUUCACCCUGAACAGAAUCUACCAAUCUGUAGCUGGUUGGACCUUACUAGGCUCAGAUUUCAUCCUCAUCUUCAUCUCCUACAUCUUCAUCCUAAGAGCUGUGCUCAAGUUCAAGGCUGAGGGGGCUGCAGUCAAGGCUCUGAGCAUGUGUGGCUCCCACUCCAUCCUCAUCCUCUUCUUCAGCACCGUCCUGCUGGUUGUGGUGUUGACACAUGUGGCCAGAAAGAGCAUCCCCGUGGACACCCUGAUUCUGCUCAAUGUUCUUCACCACUUCAUAUCCCUUGCCUUGAACCCUAUUGUAUAUGGGGUUCAAACCAAAGAGAUAAAACAAGGAAUUCAGAAAUUGCUGCGGAGAGGGAUGUGAAUAUGUAAAAUAGAUUUCUAAUUCUCUCUCCCCUUCCUUCUCAGUGAUUUUGCCCAGACGUGAGCUAGAGAAAAGCCUGACCCAGGUUUCUUCCUUUAUUCUUCCCUAUUUCAGGGUGGGGUAGGCAAGAGGAAGAAACUCAUUUUUCUUGAGUAAUUGCUUUGA